ACAGUGGAAUAAAAGACUGUCCUGGUCCAAAAACAUUUGUUACUGUAUGUACAGCAAAGUCCAGUGCAUUCCUCAGGAAGUUGGGUUUCGUUGCAAGAGUUUGAAAGUCGUUAUCUGCCCGGCUGGCAGUUGAAUGAGUCGGAGCGGACUUCCGCAUUUAAUUUUCUUCGCAUUUGCGCGCUGGCUUUUUCUUAAUUACAUCCUCUUGGUUCAGGUCAUCGCACAUGCAGUCUAUCUUAAGGCGUACACUUGCUCCUUCCAACCCUCUACUAAGGUGUCAGGUUAAUGUAACACCACGAGCAUUCAGGCCUUUCGGACUCCGGACUAUUGUCACCAAAAAAUACACUGUCGAACAUGAAUGCGUUUCCUUUGACGAUUCAACUGGACUUGGAGUUAUCAGCAUCACAGAUCAUGCCCAGUCAUCUCUGGGCGACGUAGUCUUUGUCGAACUUCCCCAAGUAGGCACAGUGGUUGCUCAACAUGACCAAAUUGGCGCAGUAGAAAGUGUGAAGGCUGCGUCUGAUAUUUACGCCCCUGUGUCCGGUAAGGUAGAAGAGAUCAACGAGACUCUGGCGGACCAGCCCGGUCUACUGAACAAAUCUCCCGAAGAAAAAGGUUGGCUUUGUAAAAUCAAGCUGUCUGACCCUUCAGAGUUGGAGAAACUAAUGAACAAGGAGGAAUAUGAAGCCAGUUAUGAGCAUUAAUAGACCUUGCGCAAUAGAUUAGAGCCGAUUUUUAUGUCCUUGCACGAUUCAACUCGAAUAG